UGCCUAGACUCCGCUGUUUCUCCUUCCGCAGCACCAGCACCACCGACAACGACAACAGCGCGUUCCUCGCCAACGUACUCACGCUCCUGGAGGCCCUCCCGCAGGCCGCAGCGCCCACGGGCUUCGCCUCCCUCUCCUUGGGCGCCGGCCACGACCGCGCCUUCGUCCGUGGCCUGUGCCGCGGUGAUUCCACACCGUCCGAGUGCCUCGUGAACCUGCGAGCAGGCGUCCUCGACUACGGCACGUGCACGUCCAGCCGGAGCGUGGUAUUCUGGUACGACAAGUGCUUCAUCACCUACGCCGACACCAACGCCACCAACAACUACAACUACGAGUUGCGCUCGCUUGAUAUGCGCGUCACCCUCGGAAGCUCCGCCCGGAGUAGCCAUGAGCCGGAGUUCUUCUCGCUGAAAAAUCGCUUGGUGGCAAGGGCGGCCAGCGCCGGAGGCACUGGGCAGGCCAAGUUCGCCACCGGGGAGGCCGAGUACGCACCCAAUGGGACGAUGUACGGUCUCGCGGAGUGCAUGAGGGACCUUAGCGGCGAGGAGUGCAAUCGGUGUCUGCAAUUAUUGUCGACAGAUUUGCCGUCGUGCUGCAACCGAUAUCAGGGAGGGACGGCGCAAAACUUCAACUGCCGCCUUCGGGUUCAAGCAUAUGCCUACUAUGACCUGGCGCCCGACGCUCCGCCUCCGGCUGCUGCACCGCCGGCGCCGAUCUCCUCGGUCGGAAAGGGGAGAUUACAACAUGCCAUCCUGUUUGUCGCCAUUUCUGUUGGGACACUAUUCGUCCUAGUCGCCGUGCUUGCUUGCGUUCGUCGACAGAGGAGAAGGAACAAGGCGAAGAAGGAACAACAAGAUAAUGCAAGGGAGGGCAUGAAAUAUAUUAGUCUGCAAGUGUUAAGAGCUGCAACAUCCAAUUUUUCUAUAGACAAUAAACUGGGAGAGGGAGGAUUCGGAGAAGUUUUUAAGGGCGAAUUGCAGAAUGGAAUGAAAAUAGCCGUGAAAAGGCUGUCAAAGAACUCAGCUCAAGGGUUUGAUGAGCUGAAAAAUGAGCUAGUGUUAGCUAACAGACUUGAGCACAAGAAUUUGGUGCCCCUUCUCGGUGUUUGCUUGCAAGAGAAACUGGUGGUGUACGAAUAUAUGCCUAAUGGAAGCCUACACACGAGCCUUUUCAAUUCUGAGAAGGCACACCAACUGGACUGGACGAAAAGAAACACGAUCAUCUCUGGGAUUGCUCGAGGUCUAUUGUAUCUCCACGAGGAGUCUCGUCUAAAAGUCAUACACCGUGACCUGAAGCCAAGCAACGUCUUAUUAGACCUGGAUAUGAACCCCAAGAUCUCAGACUUUGGUCUGUCUAGGGCUUUCGGUGAAGAUCAGUCGAUGGAUAUAACAAAACGCCCUGUCGGUACACUUGGAUACAUGUCUCCCGAGUACGCGUACUGUGGCCAAGUCUCUACCAAGUCAGACAUGUACAGCUUCGGGGUCAUAGUUAUCGAGAUUGUGACUGGUCGAAGGAACAAUAGGUCACUGGAAGAUUAUGAUACCGCCUCCAGAUAUCUUCUCAGCUAUGUAUGGGAAAAGUGGAAUGCAGGAUCGAUGGAAGAGGUGGUGGAUUCCUGCCUGGGCGGUCGUUACCCCGAGAGCGAGGCGCUAAACUGUGUGCACAUCGGACUGCUAUGCGUCCAGGAGGAUCCCAGCGCCAGGCCAGAUGCGUCCGAGGUAGUGCUCAUGCUCGACAGCCACUCCACGUCCAUGAAUAUGCGCACUCCCUCCAGGCCUGCGUUCUGCUUCACACAACCUGGCGUCGUCAGGCAUGCUACGGCCAACGGCCAACUGUCUACCCCCGUUUCAGACAAUGAAGUGACGAUUUCGGAUCUCCAGCCUAGGUAGGACGAUUUCAGACAAGUUUGUAUUAGUAAUGCAAAUACCUACCAAGGUUUUGAAUUUUUCGGAUGCAAAACAAAUCUCGUGGGGCACCGGAUUCCCGGUUACCGCGGUAACUGAAAAAUACCGGGUGGUUACUUGACGAUUUUCUUUCCAUUUGAACAAGACUCAUUCACAAUUAAGUCAAAGCUCAUUCAAAUUAUAAAAUUCAGGAUGUUUUGCACGGUAGGGUGAUUUCUCAUGAGAUAUCAAGAUUCACAGUUAU